AUGGAACGUAACACCACGGAGUUCCACAAUCGAAUGGUCUUCUUAGACCAACAUCGCCAACAAUCUGAGUCUAGAAUUGCAGACUUGGAAAAAACCUCAGCAGCUUUAGCUGAGGAUGACAAGGCCAUUAACGAAUCGUUGGUGGCAUUUGACGAUGAGAAAGCAGGGCAAGGCGGUAACAAUGUCGACGACACGGACGACGACGAUGAGCCGUCAUUUGGUCGCAAGGGUAAAGGCGUAAAAAUUGACCAACCAGAAAAAUAUGGUGGCAAUAAGGAUGGAGUCAAUCUCGAUGAUUGGCUCGAACAAGUCAUGCUCUGGUUGAAAUAUACUGGACAUACAAAAGACGAGUCCAAAAUUAUAUCUACCCUUUUGCUCUUGAAAGGAGGAGCACGUGAAUACAUGCGGCAUUGGAUCACUGAAAUAAAUGAAAAUAAUAAGGCACCAGGAACUUGGGCGGAGUUCGUCGCUGAACUUCGCACGGCAUAUGAAUCAUUGGACAAGGACGACAAGAAGCGAACGGAGUUAGAAGCCUUCAUCAAGAAGGAUCAUCGAGACUUCUAA